AGUAGCAGCACCCGGCUGCCGGCAGUGCUGCAGGAGGAUGGAAGAUGCCUGCAGGGACCCAGGGCAUGCCCAGCACAGCUCUCCUGCCUCAGGAUCCCCUGUGCUCCCAGGGCUGGGGAUCUUGCCCCUGCUCCCUCUUCUCUUUGCGCCACUGUCUGUCUGUGUGAGCUCCCCUUCUGAGGUUGCCAAGGCACUGAAUAACAGAUGGGAAGAAACAAAGAGCCCGCAAGGAAUAAUUCCAGAUGCAACUGUCCUCAUGGGAAAAAUAUUCUAUUAUCCAGUGCCAGCGUUUGCCUUUCAGGGAAGGAUAACUCAGUACAAGGUCACUUUAGCCAGUGGUGCAGAUUUGCCAAAAUGGUUGGAAUUCAGCCCCAAAACAAACAUGCUGCAAGGGCUGCCAAUGGCAGGGGAGGGAGGAGCGUACCUGCUCAACCUUGCUGCCUCUGGAGGGGACCCUGACCAGGAAACACUGAGGGCUGCUGGAAAUUUCACCAUCCAUGUGAAGGACAGCAGUUUAUCCUUGGAAAUGCAGAACUUGCAACACAUGCCAAACAGCUACAGGUGUGGGAAGGAAGCUCCCAUCACUUGUGCUGAAAUCAUUCUCUCUGCUGGAGCAGCAGCCCUGGAAGUUCGGGAGCGCCUGUCUGUGGUGUGCAGGAUGGCAGAGUACCUGCACCUGGACAGUUCCCUGCUGACCCUGCUGCAGCACACAGGCCCAGCAGCCAGGGGCUCACAUGUCCUGGCUGAGGACACCGGGCGCAUCAACCUCACCACCAACCACUACGUGGGGCUCUCCUGGCCCGUCACGUGUGGGGGCUUUGCCCUGCUCCGUGAAUUCAUCCAGGUCUUGCAGCACAACAUGAACUCACAUCACCUCUCACGGCUGCUAGGGUAUGAAAUUGAAGGCUGGAGAAUACUCAGGAGAGGGGAGUAUGAAAGAAAGUCUCCAAGACUACACCGCAGGCAAUUAAUGAUCACACCAACACCUUCAUUAAAACCAACUAGAAUUACCCAGAGACCAGCUGCAGGAGAGGCUUCCAGACCUUUGUUCAUUCCUGUGCCAAGCCAAUUACUCACACCACUCAUGCUAUCACCUACUCAGAGCUUAUCAACUUUCUGUGCAGAAAGUAUAACCAUGGCAAGUUACAAGAUGCAGAAUGAUAGCCACCUUGUAAGUCAGGAAAGCUUGAUCACCUUAGAAAUGGACUCAGCACAGGACAUGCCAACUAACCCCACAGUUAUGUUUGCAGACUCUCAUUUCCCAGAUCUUUCACCUUCACUGAUGACUAAAACGAGGCUUCUCUUCUCUGAACUGGAAGUGCUGCCUGCUAGAGCUUCUGGUACAUCGUUGAUGUUAGAGCAGCCAGAGUCUCACGUGCCUGAGGUAGACUCCUAUUUCCUUUCCAGUAAAUCAGAGAUAUCCACAUACCAUCUCCUAGAGGACAUCACUUCAGGCACAGAGCAGCUUUCCAGGCCAUGGGUGAUAUAUACUAUUCAGGAGUGGCCUCAAAGCUCAGCAGUGGAAUUUUCUCCCAAGACAGAAUUACACUCAUUUUUGCCAGGAUCAAUGUCAGUAUCAGAAGUGCCAGAUUACAGCAAUGAGGCAGAAAGCCACUUUUCAGAACUUGAAAAGUUUUCUGAUGCAACCCUCUGUCCAGAAGCACUCCCUUCACUAUUCCAAGAAGCUUCAGUGAGGGCCACAACUUUGUCUGGCUUCACAUCUCCCAUCAAGGACACAUUCCCAGCUGUCCUAGCAAGCAGCAGUCUGAGCCAAGUGUUCACUAAUGGCUGUGAACCUCAAUCUAAACCCUCUAUGACUGUCCCACAGCCCAGUGGCUUUACAUUUGAUGGAGGGAAAAGCACAGCUUCUUCUGAGGCCCAAAGAGAAGCACAGACCCUCUAUUCCAAAUUGAUUCUCAGUGCUGAAGCCUCAGCUAGCUUUCCUCACACAUUAACCAGCACUGUCCCUGGUAAAACUGAAGCACCUCAUGAACCAAGUCUGAUCACUCUGUCCCAUGCUGACACCACUCCAGUCCUUACUGUGCCAGAAGACUUUUCUGCCUUUCACAUGUCCAGGCUAUCCAGACCAGCAAAUACAUUUCCUCCUUACAGCAGCAGCAUGCUCAGAACAGAGGCACAACCCACAAGGAUUCUACCCAGUGGCACAGAGGAAUUGCUUUCAGACAAAGAUCUGGACACAAGUGGGAUUUUGCCAAAUGUCACUGAACCUACCUUGGAGUCACACAGCAUUUCAGGCAUCAAGCCAGAUGCUGUAGAAACACCUCUGGUGACUUUAUUUAAUGCCACCUCUCACCUGCCCAGCAGCAUACCAAAGGUGGGUGAGACACUGCUGCCAUCACACCUGGAUCCAAGCACCCGGCUGUUUCCCUCAUCUGAAAGACUACAUUUUGUGGAAAGUGCGUGGAUUCUUCCUCCAUUUUCUGCUUCACAAGAGCUACAGACAGUAACCCAAGGGCAAGCAAACACUUCCCCAAAGGUUGCUCAUUCCAUUAAAUUCCUAGCAGCAACCAUCGGACGCCUGUUCUUUUUCCCUAUACCCGCCAACACAUUUGAUGACAAGGAAGACGGCAACUCCACUCAGUUAUCCCUACAAAUCCUCCCAGCUGAUGGCUCUCUGUCGGGAUCCACGAGCUGGCUGCAGUUUAACACCUCCCAGCAGGCCAUGCACGGCUAUCCCCUAGAGAUGGACUUCCAGUAUUCCCCUCAGGAGUUUGUGCUGUCUGCCACAGAUUCCGGAGGUCUGACAGCCUGGAGCCCCAAGGACAUUGUGCUGACAGCUCUCCAGCCCGGCUCCACGCUCAUCUCCUGGUACAACAGCUCACUCUGUGUAAGUGCCAACAGAUCUUCCAGCUGGUGCGGGAAAGACGAAAUCCAGCAGGCACUGGAGAAACUGAGAGUGCCAGCUGGGUCUGUGAGCCCACAGUUUGUCCAAGCAAUGCUGCCAGAGUACAGAAUCGAUAUGACUUUUGGCAUUUCCUACACUGAGGACUGCCCAGCCAGCACAAAGCCGUUCCCCAGGCCUUGCAGCAGCACUGGGCCGACACUCCAAGCCAAGAACGACUCCAAGAUGCGGAGCCCCCGUGCCUUACUGAGCAGUGUUUUUGCCACUGCUGGCGUGGGGCUGGCAAUAGUGGUCUGCUGGCUUUGCAGGUGUCCCAGGAGGAUUCCUGGAGCACAGCCUGUGAUGCUUCAGACAAACUCCCAGCUAAGCCACACUAAUGUGGAACUGGAUGCCCUGAGACCUCGUAAAGUCCCUGUACAUGAGUGCAGGGCUUCACUUUCACCUCCAUUAUGGAUCUCACCUUCAGGACCACUUCCCUCCCAUGAGCAGCAUGCCAGGACGAUCCCUCACAUCAUACCACCUUUCCAGCCACCAAAAUACCGACUCCCUCCCCACUACCCAGAAGCUCUGACCACCCACCACAACCAGGGCAACAUCCAGAGGCUUAAGUCUUAA